ACAAUGUUCGGAGUUGCAUGCUUUAUUAGUUAUAUCAAACUAAUCAUUUUAACAACGAAGUGGAAUUGUAAAAAAUUACAAGUUUGUGGACCGUGAACAAAACUAGUAUUGAGGAAACUGUGAUAACUCUGCUCUCAAGACGUAAGAGCGGACGCUAUUUAACAAGGUAGGGAAGUGUCUGAUCUAAAGUCAUGACUGCUAUGUAAGACGUUAAGGAAGUGGCUUCUUUCCAAGACAUAUUUUAAGCCACGUGAGUCAGACAAUUCUAUGAUGGACAUUGAUCUACCAAAUAUCUAGAAAAUGCGAAGCCUCUUGACAACAAUACUGCUCUUGGGGCUGAUGACAGGGAGGGGUCAAGUCACGGGGUCAUGCAGUCGAGAGGUUGGCACAACAGGGAUCCUGACUGGUAGCAGACUCGUGGGGUCAGUCUAUCUCGUGCUUCAGACCCCUACCCUACAGGACUGUGUCAAGUCAUGUUUGCAACAGUCUCGCUGCGUCAGCUUCAACUACAAGGCGGGACAGUGCGAACUCAACUACGCCGGCGCGACAACGGCUCGAGCUCCUUCUGGAAUGGAAGCAUCCUCUGGUUGGAACCAUGCCAGCGCGUUGCAUUUUCCAUCGCGACUUGUCGGUAUUUGUGGGUCCAGACCAUGCAGUGUGAACGACACAUGCACAGAACAGGGUGGGAGCUAUAAAUGUCAUCAAGAGGAGCUGUGCUACACGAACUCGACGCUCUAUCUCGGAACCUUGAACGUUACCAACACUGGUCGGACAUGUCAGAGAUGGGACACGGCCACCCCCCACAUUAGGGCCUAUUACCCCUGA